AUGUCGCGAGAAAUAACCCGCCACGAGGUCGAACGCUUCUGGGAAAUCUUCGCCUCCCUCUCCAACGGCGGCACUCAUCUCUCCGGCGACCAAGCCGCCUCCGUCCUAAAGAACAGCCAGCUUCGCGACGACCAGCUGGAGCGGAUAUGGGACCUCGCAGACGUCGACAACGAUGGCCGGCUGGACUUUGAGGAGUUCUGCGUUGCGAUGCGCCUUAUCUACGAUGUCAUGAACGGCGAGCUGUCGGAUGUGCCACGGACACUGCCGGAUUGGUUGGUGCCGGAGAGCAAAGCGCAUUUGAUCCAGGCGACGAGGGCGCUGAGUGGGAGCGAGCGAUUCGAACGGCCUGAUCUGGACGAUGAUGGAGAUGAAGGGGGCGGGCUGAGGGACGGGUUUGAUUGGUACAUGAGCCCUGCGGACAAGAGGAAGUACGAGGAAAUCUACACAGCGAACCGUAACCCGCGCGACGGCAUGGUCGCGUUCUCAGCGCUGGAGGAUUUGUACGAGAGUUUAGACGUGCCGGACACUGAUAUACGGAGUGCAUGGAAUCUGGUCAAUCCGAAAAGCAUGGAGGGGAUCAACAAAGAUGCUUGUCUGGCAUUCCUGCACAUUUUGAAUAACCGGCAUGAAGGAUACAGGAUCCCGCGAUCUGUACCUCCUAGUUUGCGAGCAACGUUCGAGCAGGGCAGGAUUGAGUAUGAUCUAGGCGACAACAGGAACAAUAUCCAGAGUGCGGCGGAUCGAUGGGGGACGAAGAGGGAUGACAAUACCCUCUCUGGCAGGAAAGCAAAGUUUGGAGACACCUAUCUCUCACGAUUAGGUGUUGGGGAGCGAAAACCGAAGGGUACGGAUUUCUCAACCACACCACGAGACGGAGAAUGGGAGGAGGUGCGGUUGAAAAAGCAGCUGAAAGAAUUGGAAGAGAAGAUGGCGAAGGUGGAAGAGGCGGCGCAGAGCCGGCGGGACAGGGGUGGUCGGAGAGAAGACUCAAGACCGGCGUUGGUGAAGAGGGAAUUGGAGCAGCUGCUUGAUUACAAGAGGAGGGAACUGAGGGAUCUGGAGAGAGGGGAGGGGAAGGCGAAGGAAGGGCAGAGUCUGAAGGGUGUGGCGGAUGAGAUUGCUAUGGUCAAGGAGCAGGUUGAUGGUUUGCAAGAGCAUCUGAGGAAGAGGGAGGAGGUGCUGCAGGGUUUGUGGGAUCAGAUUGAGGCGGAGAAGGGGAGUCGGUAA